AUGUCCUUCGCGCCCACUACAGCCCCAGAAAUUGAGAUAUCUGAUAUAAUCGAGGCAGAUCUAGACCAGCUCUACUUUGAUAGAGUGCAUCCUGUCGCCCCCAUGCUACAUCAAGGUCGCUAUCUGACCUGGUCCCAACAUUGCUACAAAGCAGAACCCUAUUCCGGCUUGCAGGCUGCGAUGUGGGCACUAGCCGCAGCCGCAUCUGCACAUCUGCAGCAUAUGCGGGAGUCACUCUACCUUUGUGCACGCUCCAAGCUCGAAGCGCUUGAUAAUCAAAUCGACUGUGCAAGCGCUGCUUCUUUGCAGUCUGCACAAGGCUGGCUUCUACUGACCCACUAUGAGUUCCGGUACAUGGACUACAGUCGAGCAUGGAUUACUGCCGGACGAGCUUUUCGUAUCAUCCAACUGAUGAAGUUGCAUGAGAUUGACCGCUUCCACACAACGGCCCUCGAUCUAGCAUUUACUGAGGCUUGGGCCGAGAUAGAGGAGAAAAGACGAACUUUCUGGCUGGCAUAUUGUCUAGAUCGAUUUCUCAAUAUCUCAGACCAAUGGCCUUUGACUCUACAUGAGGAGCCUCUUUGGAUAUUUCUUCCAGCUCCAGAAUCUGAUUUCCAACAUAGUAGACCAGUCCUCAUGGUAUCCAUGCCAGAUGCCAUCGAAACAUCCGGACAGAAGACGCUGCCACCUUUCGCCGAAGCAACUGUCUUGACAACACUGUGCUGGCACAGUAUUAGCCUAAAGCAAACCCGACUUGCGAACAAAAUACCCGGGCUUGAUACUGGUAUUGACUUCUGGGAACACCAUAGCCGACUCUACCAUAUAGCCCAGCAGCGGCUGAUGCUACUUUCUCUACCACCAUGCUCGCCAGAACUGUUAGAUCCCAUGCGCCUAUUCACAAACAUGCUAGCAAAUUCAGCUAUCAUCUGGUUCUAUGGCAUGAUGGAAGUCCUAAAAGGAACAUCGAAUGAUCAAACCAUCCUCGUACCUCUUUACUCAGCUGAGUAA